GUCACCUUUCGCGUGACGACUUAGAAAAUCUGCGUUGCUUGUAUGAGAGCGUGUUUAGUUGUAUUUUAAGUAAGCAUCGUUUCAAUAGAAUUCGGCUGAAAUAUGAAGAAGAAGACUGCAUUGAAAUUGUUGUCUGGCGCGCUUCUUCUUUUUGCCUUCGUCCAAGGAAUUCGGCGCUUUGUCUUCGAUUUGGAAGAUAACAAAUGUGAAAUGACCUUCAUGUUUGAAUAUCCUCAGUACAUUAAACUUAACUUGAAGGAGCUCAGUUCAACCAAGUUCCCUCAUUACAACUUAUUUGUGUAUGGUGAAGGAGAGCAAGCUGCAAAGUAUAAAAAGGGUCAAUUUACUGGUAUACCAGUCCUUUUUAUACCAGGAAAUGCUGGAUCAUAUAAGCAAGUACGCUCUCUUGCUUCAUAUGCUUAUCGUAAAUCUUUGGAUUCACACAAGCAUUUUCACUUUGAUUUUUUCACUAUUGAUUUUAAUGAAGAGCUGUCUGCUUUGUAUGGUGGUAUUCUCAACCAACAAACUGCAUAUGCAAAUCAUUGUAUAAAAAGCAUCCAGCUUCUCUACAAGAACAUUGAUCAAAGACAAAAAUCACUUCUCAUAAUUGGCCAUUCAAUGGGUGGAAUGGUUGCUAAAGCAGUUUAUAAAGAAAUGGAUUUUGACUUAAAUCAAAUAAACACCAUAAUAACCCUGGCUACUCCUCAUCGAAGACCUGUCGUAUCCUUAGACGAAGACAUGACGAAUUUUUAUCGACAAACUAAUCAGUUCUGGCAAGAAUCGACCACCCGGACAAAAAACGUUGCUUUAGCUUCGAUUGGUGGAGCUGACCGAGAUAUUCAAGUACGAUCUGGGCUGACAGCUGCACAUUCACCAACCAUCAACGUACUGACAACUGAAAUACCAACAGUUUGGCUUGCAACGGACCACCUGUGUAUAGUAUGGUGUAAACAGGUUGUUUCGGCGGUAGUACGUGUUCUGUUUGAUAUGGUGGAUUCUUCAAAUCAGAAUUGGGUUGAACCUGUUGCUAUUCGCGAGGAAAUUUUACGGUAUCAUUUGAUCCAGCACCCUGGAGGGAAAAGCUUUAAAGAUUUCCAAAGUGCAAAAGAGGUACAGUUUGAUCCUGAUGGACAGUGGCGAGAGGUCGUUGCUCCCCGUUUUACUGCUAGUCCUCAAGCAGAAGACAAGAGUAAUAGCUAUUUCAUGAUCCCAAUAGUUGACAACGCUUUUCGGGAUCGGUUAACUGCCAUAGCGUCGGGAUUAUCCAUUAAAUAUUGGGUUUUUGGAUGCGUUGCCAUGUCUUGGAAGAACAAUGCCAGAUUCUGUGAGCGAGGAAUCGAUUUAUCACAUCACACUGUACUUUUGCCCAACAUCGGAGAUUUUGUUAAGCGAAAAUUCGUCACCCUUGAUUUGGUCAGUCUCAAAGAAAAGGGUUUUUCUCACGUCAUUUUAAAUAUUCCUAGAAAUUAUCAAAAGGCGUCUGUUCUGGUUGAUGUGUACCGUGCUUCACACAGAAAUCUUGAAAUUCGCUUCCCAUUCAAAAGUUACAUUCCUUUUGCUUCUAUUGCUGAAGUAGUUGUGCCAAGCGAUACGCUUUCAUUCAGCAUAUCGCUGCCAGACCUAAAUAGGUCUUGGCAGUCUAUCGUUCUCAAGCCAAGUGGAAAGAAUUGUCCUUCACAAAAUAAUGCUCUUAUCCGGAAAGUGGUGCCAUGGUCUCAUGAAAGCCAGUACUUUUUGACAAAUCAGAGCUUCUCGCUUCAUCUUCAUGCUCCUAAAGCUCCGGUGGAUAGUGAAUAUGAUUCCGUUCAUCUACAAUUGAUCAAUCCAAAUCCACAAUGCGCUUUCGUUAUAGAAAUUUCGACCGACUGGAUUGGUAUGUGGGCUCAAUUAGCCCGCUUUUACUCACCGAUCCUUUUGCCGUUGGUUUUCGCAAUUUAUUUACAUUGUUUCGCAAAACAACUAAAGGAGAAGCAAUUUGGAAACGGUGUUUCAUCAACAUCAUCGUGCCUUUUAGAAAUGCCAAUCAUUAAAUUAGCGCUCAUUCCUGAAGCAUUUUCGAUUCUGUUAGGAUUUUUUGACUCGUUGCAUCUGCCGCAAUGGCCAUCUUUCUCCUCAGAUGAAUUUAUUCUGCGAGAUGAUGGACUCGGCUUCCCGUUUAUGUACUUGCUACUUGGAAUAGUUGCUUGGUGUUUGGCAAUCAUAUUAUCCCUUCUCUUCUGGCUUGGAGUAUCUGCAGGGGGCAAUAUUCUACACAGUUUCUUAAUCCGUUAUUUGAGAGGUUCCUAUGGAAUUUCGCUGAUUGUGGCAGAAGUAGUAGCGAUCGGUCUAUCACGAAUACCUUUAUUCAUAUCUGUGGCUCUCGUUGCAAUUGCAUCCAGUACCUGCGGAUCCCUAGCGCUAUUUCUUGGAUUGGCAGUUUGCAUCUGGAAGUUGUUCGGCUAUUACGAGGAUGAGUUGGAGUCGAUGUUGAGUGAUGAAGAAAACCAAGAAGUAGAUGACGACUUUCAUAUUAACACAACUAUAUCUUUGCUGUGGCUUUGCACUGCUUUUCUCAGUGUUCCAACCCUUAUUAUCUGGAGCAAAAGCCCAGAUUUGACUCUACCAAAUGAUUAUUGGCUGGUCCCUAGUUUUGUCUGGAGUAUCUCGGGAAUAAUGAUUUGGCAAAAUUCGGCGGCAGUUCAGGAAAAGUCCGCCUCUUACGGUCGCGUGGGUAAUGUGGUCUCCAUGCUUUCCCUGUUGCUUCUAGCGUUUGGCUUAGUCUCGAUUUAUCGAAUCCCUUAUUUCGUUACUGCCGCGAUCGCCAUAUACGCUGUAGCCAAGUAUUUCAUGUGACAGUGAGAUAUGGAAGGAAGAGGUUUUGUUACGUUGGUUUUAGUGCUUCAUCAAAUUGUCACUACCUGCUUCAAGUAAUAAAAUAACAAGAAGAUUAGGAGCUUUUUUUCUGCAGUACAGAGAUGGUUGCUGUUCUUGUUCACGUUCGUAAACUAUUUGAAGUAGCCUACUAAGUAAGGUGAUUUCCUAAUUGCAAGAAGCCAUGUAAUGUACCAAAUGCCAUAAGCAUAAAAUCGGAUGUUGGCUAAGAAAUUUUGUAUAAUUUCCGCCUGAGCUAAUCGAUCCCGUUUGAAAUACAAAUGAAAAUAAAUUAA